GUAAAUAGAGCUGUGUUCCGGUUAGCCCCUAGGCUGUCAUAUACCUUUAUAAAUACCAUACGAAUCUGUUUCAAGCCACACUCACUUUCUUUACAUCAGUACAGAAUCGUGUGUAUCGGGAAAAAUGGUUCGAAUAAAUUAUAUUUUCCUGGUCUUUUGCUUCAAUUAUGCCCUGAGCGCUGAACAAAAGAAGAGAUCAUAUGUUGGCGGUGGAUCGCACGGAUUCAGUUCUGGAGGCGCUAUUUCAUCAAUUGGAGGAGCUGGAAUCGCAUCGUCUGGAAUUAUUUCUUCGAUUGGAAGCGGCAUCGGAGCAGAGGGUGUUGGUGGAGGCUUUGUGUCUGGAGGUGCUGGAGGUAUUGGCGGUAUCGGAGGAUUCGGGGGCAUUGGCGCUGGUGGAGUUGGAGGUGGAUCAAUAAUCGGUUCAGGAUCGCUCAGUGGGGUCCCAACGCAACACACGGUAUCGGAAUACUACAAUACUGUAGCCGUUCCCGUUCCUCAACCGGUACCAGUAUCCGUGCCUAGGCCUGUACCGUACCCGGUACAUGUUGGUGUGCCGGUCGACUCGCCCCGACCUGUGCCGGUGCCUGUACCGCAACCCGUACCUCAUGUAGUAACGCGACCUGUAGCCGUCCCAGUUGAUAGGCCUUACGCGUACCCGGUAGCCCAGGCGGUACCCGUUACGGUAACUCAAAGUGUUGGCAUUCCUGUUCCGCAGCCCUAUCCCGUAUCAGUUCCCGCCCCAGUGCCUGUCAGCGUACCCCAAGCGGUUUCUGUUCCAGUUACCAUUGUGGCUUCUGGAUCUGGAGGAGGACUUGGACUUGGCGGUGGAGUCAGUGGAUUCGGAGGUGGCUUCAGUGGAAUUGGGGGUGGCGUCAGUGCAGUUGGGGGUGGGAUCGGGGGAUAUGGCGGUACGGUUGGUGGUUUUGUGCCAUCUUCUGGCAUUGGCUUAGGGGUAGGCGGUGGCAUUGGACACGGUAUAGGAUCUGUAACUUUAGGAUCAUCCUUGGGAUCAUCGUUGACUUCCGGCUCGUUGUCAGGUCACACGAUCGCUACGUCUCAUGGUCACCGCAUUCACCAUUCGUAUUAAAUCUUCAACUUUGUAACCUUCCUUGCCAAAUUAAGUCUGAGUAGACUAUAUUGUUUUAAGAUUGUAAAUACUUUGGGUAUUUAAAUGGUUUUAUUAGUAGCUGUUGAUAUCACAUCCAAUAAAAGGAAUUAGUUUAAUAUAA